AUGAGUUAUGAUACUUAUGUAUAUUACAAUAAGACUCAACAUCGUCAAACAUUAACAAUAAAUGAUAUGAAUAGAAGUCUAUUGACUUGGACAAAUGAUUCAAUCGAUGAAAAAUUAACACCGACUCGUGAAGCAACAUUUAUUGCUGCUAUGUUCGCAUUUAUAUUUAUAUUUAUUGGACUCGUUGGUAAUAUUAUUUUAUUGGCCACAAUAUUAUCAGUUAAAAAAUUAAGAUCAAAUAUUAUAAACAUAUUUAUUGUCUCUUUACAAGUCAAUGAUCUAAUGAAUAUUGGUUUUAAUCAAUUUUUUGUUGGUCUAUCAUAUGCAAAUCGUGAAUGGUUAGGUGGUAGAAUAUUAUGUGAUCUUGUUGUUUAUUUUUCUGGUUUUUGUAUGGGUUGUUUACUUUGGCAUCAUUGUCUAAUAGCUAUUCAUCGUUAUGUUGCUGUUGUUUACCAUAAAUUAUUACGUAAAAUGUCAUUAAAAACUUAUGCUACCGUUUCAUUAAUAAUAACACGAUUAGUUCCUAUUGCUGCUUGUAUUCCAUCAUUUCGUCGUUAUACAAUUUCUUAUUCACCACAAAUUUUACGAUGUCAAUUUAUUGGUCGACUACAAAUAAUAAUAAACGUAUUUAUUUUAAUAUUAUUACCAGCGAGUAUAAUUAUAUUCUGUUUUUUGGGUAUAUUUAUUUUUGUUGCUCGUGCUACACAUGUUUCACGAAUGAAACAAGUACGUUCAAUGCAAACGUCCAAUACACAAACAUUAAGACGAGAAAUUCGAAUAACAAAAAUGUUUGGAAGUCUAUUUGCUAUAUUUUUAUUUGGUUAUCUUCCAUACGGUCUUGUUCGAGCGUAUGAUAAACGUGGCCAUCUUCAUCCGGAUAUAUACGUUCUACUAACUAUUAUUUAUUGCGUAUCAAUUUGUACUAGUCCAUUUGUUUACGGUAUUAUGAAUAAUCAACUACGUCACGAGUGUAAACAACUUAUUUUAUGCUGUUUAUAUUGCAAAAAAAUGAGUGAAUAUAAAAAAUAUUCGUUAACACGAGUGACAGCUGUAAACAAUAGUGCCAAUAAUAACAAUAGUCCCUCCACAACAUCCUUGAGAGACAUCAAAGUCAAACUGAAGAAUAAUAUUACGCCCGUUUGA